UAAUUCGACAUGGAGGACUCACAUAUUUCCAUCACUUUCUCCUUACAAUAGCAUUACCGCAUCACACACUCUUUUUUCCUCUUCAAGAUCCGCGCUGCUAUCAUCAUCAUCACCAACACGCUCCACCAAUCCCAUCCCAUUCUCCUCCUCUGUUCCUUAUCUCUAUUGUAUCUUUAUUUCCAUUUUUUAUUUAUUGUUUAGGCCCCCCGCCAGUCGGUGCAGUCUUACCGACCCAUGCCACACAUCCCUCUCUACCCAUCUCCCUCUCCACCAAAAAAACAAAUCAAAAAAAAAUCAAGGCAGAACACCAUACCUAUACUACAUCUACCCCCGUCGCUAUAUAGCACCCCGUUGCCAUCAAUCAUCGCUGAGAUACCUCCUCUUAUGCGCAAUUGCGCAUGGGAUUCUUGGUUGUGCAUGUUGUACGUCAUGGCGACGCAAUCGUCUCCUAUCCUAGCAUUUGAUGCUAUGCCAUCGUCUACACGCAUGUGCGUGUUGCCUUGUGAUUAUGCGUACGCUUUGACAGCUAAGGGGUUGUGA